AGCCGAUAGAUAUGCCACAUUGCUCAAGCUGACAACACAUGUUCCAUUGAUUCUGGUAAGUUAAAUUGUUUUUAUAUCUUCCUGCACUAACAGAUAUUGAAAUAUGCACUUAUGCAUAAAUACUCAUGAAUGAAAUUUUUAAAAUUUUACUUCUAUUUUUCUAUUUGAAAUGUUUAAGAUAUCAAUUUGCUCAAUGCACAAUUUUCUAGAUUAAAAUACUGUUACAAUAUAUUUAGGAAAUAUGAUGAAAUAGAUGUGUUUGGUGUUUGCAGACAAGACAAUGCAUUGAGAAACACAAAAAUUGUGUCCAUAUUAAGACAGAUGUAAAGAAAGACUUGAAAGAAACAAAACUUGAUGAGACUUUUGUGGACGCCCAGUUCCAGGUGGACAAUUAUAUCCUAUGGAGAAGGGAUCGAAACGCACAUGGAGGGGGAAUAUUGGCAUAUCUAAGAUCUGAUUUACCAGGUGACAGGAAGAGGAAAUUCGAAUUCAAAUCAAUCGAGUCCAUAGAACUGGGUAUGGAUGUCAGUCCACCUUACUUAGGAUCAUGGAAGACUGGAAGAGAGCCUUGGAUGAGAAUAAGUUAUAUUCCGGAUUUUAUCUGUAAGGUUCCAACCGAGUACCCAAAAUAUUACACUCAACCUGACAGUUGGGAGAACGCCACUCUGUCUUCUCGUCAAUGUGACGUCAUCAUAGAGAUAAACAGGUCUGGGCUUGUAACACAGGAGAGCAUACCUUGUAGUGAUGGUUACGAAUAUUUCGGACCGGCAACCGUGGCAUCAGAGUGGAAUCUGGUUUGCGGUUCGGAAGGACUCGGCAGUUUAAGUACCACAAUGACAGUGGUAGGAGGGAUACUUGGCGCUACUCUUUUUCCCGCGCUGACAGACAAAUAUGGACGUUUACUGAUAGCUUACACCACCUUUUUCGCCCUGUCCGUGUGUUUUAUAUUGGCGUCAGUUGUCCCAUGGUUCACUGCGUUUGUCAUUUUGAGAUUUCUGACUGGGGUAUUUAGUCAGGGAUCUGGACUUGCUUUUGCAACGCUUGCAUUGGAGUUAUUUCCAGCAGAAUCAAGGGGAUUCAUUGUCUCUCUGGCAAGCAUAAUGUGGGCACUUGCUAUUUCAUCAAUCGCACCGGUUGCUUUUCUCCUGCGUUAUGUCUCCUGGCGGUACACCAUGUUAGCUGCCGGUCUAAUUGGUGCCCACAGUCUCGGAACACGAUGGAUACUGCAGGAAUCUCUACGAUGGCUUGUUGCUAAUGGUAAAUAUGAAGAAGCUAAAGAGUGGAUUAAACGCGCUGCGAAAUGGAAUAAGAAAGACGCUUCCGAUAUACUGGCGGCCAUGACGUCAGCGAAUGGGGAGGUUCAGGUGUUAGUGGAGACGGACACUGACGUUAACAGACUCCAAUCUGACGACAAGAAACCGGGAAAGAUCAACAAGGACCCACGGGAUUUGGAGAAGUUAUCAAUCCUGGAUAUCUUCAGAAACAGACACAUUUUACUGACCUCCAUCUUAGUGUGGAUUAUAUGGUUUGUAAAUAGCAUCACUUACUACGGACUUUUCCUGACUUCCGGUUCUAUGAGUGGAAAUAUGUACUUAAAUUUCUUUUUCAACGGCAUCGUAGAGAUCCCAAGCGUAUUCCUCUACAUAUUUACAAUCAACAGGUAUGGAAGAAAGAAAACUUGUGUGAUGUUUCAUGCCAUUGCUGGUGUUAGUCUGUCGAUCUCCGCUAUACUGUUGUUUGCAGGAGAUACACCCGUGAUGAAAGGAUUCGCAUCAGCCAUGAGCUUCGCCGGAAAGUUUGGGAUAUCCGGAUCGUUUAUGACAAUUUUCUUAUAUACACCAGAAAUAUAUCCCACAAACUUGAGAGCACUUGGUUUAGGCUUGGCGUCCACGGUGGCAAGGCUUGGAGGAAUGAUCUCACCCUAUGCGGCUUUAUUUGGAUCCCACAUCUCAUGGGGACCGGGUGUUGUGUUUGGAUCGUUGUCUGUGUUAGUGACAAUUCUGUUUCUAUGGUUACCCGAAACAACUGGGAAAGAACUACCAGACACGCUGGACGAUGUCGACCAUUUCUAUGUCAUAAAGAAGAAUAAAAAAUGAAACGGUGAUCGACACAACAACUGUACCACCACAUACUGUAGCUGUAACUGAUUUUGCAAAGAACAAAAUACGGUUUUGGCCAACAUCUGUCCAGCCAUGAAAAUUCACCAAAAUACUAAAUUUGGUAUUUGGGAAUGUGCAUUUAUUUAUUUUUUAAAAACGCCGAUAUUUUUUUUAAAAUCUCAAUAGAAACUGUAAUAUAUUCAACGGAAAACCUUAUAUUAAAUUGACGACAUGGCCAACUUUGAA